AUGCUUUAUGAAAAAGAUAGUUUAGUAUUUCAUUUUGAUAUAGAUCCAAAUUAAUAUAUUGUUUUAAGCGUAGAUGAAGUAAUAUUAAAAGAUUAAAUAAAAACUGUUUAAUAAACCUUUAAUUUUAUCUUUCUUAUUUUAAUACCAAUUUCUAUUGUUACUAAUCUUUUUGAAUAUUAAUGGGCGGUAUUGGAGACAUUAAGUUGGAUCAAUAAUUUUUACUUUCUUAAUGUCAAUUAUCCUUUUAAUUUAGAAAUAUUUUUAUUAAAUUGUGAAUGGUCAUCUUUCAUUAGUUUUCCAACUUAUCAAGAAUUGAAUUAAUCUGAUUGUAAUUACUAUUUUGAAGCUCCCAAUCAAAUUUAAAAACAAAGGAAUUGA